AUGCGAAAUGCGGUCUUUUUCCCAAGACGACGAAUCGGUAGCAGCCGCCGUUCGCAUGCGUGGGUGAACCGAGAUGGCCAGCAGGAUAACUCACCAGUUUCACCUGCCCUGCUCCUUCAUUCUGACCUGCUAUUGUUGGCAAUCCGGUUCCGUCGGGAUUCUCUUGUUUCCAAACACCGUUCGGCCUUCGGUAGGGUUUCCCCACGCCCACCGGGCUACACUACCUACAGCAUCCGACGCCAUCCGGUCUUGACCCCUCACUUCCAGCUGAUCAAGCAGCUUCUUCCCCCAGGAAAAAAGGGUGCACUUCCUCAUUACCAUCCCUGGCAAGAAUCUUGGUUAGCUCCGAACCACCAAAGUCCACAACCCACCAACGGGGGGGGAUCCAUCAUCCUAGCAAGUUCGCAGCUUGCUCAGCUGAUGUCUUUCCCCUCAUCCUCCCAUCGUGAUGCACCUCCCAAGAACCUGUUCAAUAGAUUUCGAUAG